GGUAGGCAGCGGCCCUUCCCCCGCGGAGCAGACAUGGACACCAGCCGCGUGCAGCCCAUCAAGCUGGCCAGGGUGACUAAGGUACUGGGCCGGACCGGUUCCCAGGGGCAGUGCACGCAGGUGCGUGUGGAGUUCAUGGAUGAUACGAGCCGCUCCAUCAUCCGCAACGUCAAGGGGCCGGUGCGGGAGGGCGACGUUCUCACUCUGCUGGAGUCGGAGCGUGAGGCGCGGCGGCUGCGCUGAGCCGGUGAUGAAUUCUGGUAGCGCAUACUCGGAGCGGCUGGUGGG